UUAAGUGGGUGAAGUAGGUAGAGAGUGGGUGAAGUAGUGGGUUAGGUUUAGUGGAGUAGGUGAGGUGAUAGUGGUGUAGGUGAAGGUAAAUUCUAACAACGUGUCACAUAUAUUGCAAGCUUCUAGUGGUAGACCUUUCCUUUGUUUGAAUAUUGCAUUUCAUGAGAGGAUGGAUUGGCGUUCCAUAAUCAUAUGCUUGGCACUUUCUCCUGCUAUGUUUGUUGAGACCAGAGCCCUAUUGCAUAACUGGUUUCUGAUGACGGGUUUGGCUUAUGUGUUAGAGCUUCAAAUUGAAUUGGUGUCGAUGAUACUUGAUGUAGUUUCAAAACCGAUGUGGUGGGGCAUAACGAUGGAAGUUGCACUGAAGCUACCCUUUUCUCAUGCAUAUUUCCCUCACAAGCAUCACUUAUUAAGGACUUUGGAUGGACCUUUAUCAUACCAAAACUUUAUAUAUUUGCUUCAUAGUACGAGCAAAUCAGCUUCUCAUGCUAGAAGACAGUCUGAUCCAACUUUUAAACAGGAUGCAAGAAAGAUUGGAAUGAUAGAUUACAAAUCUCGGUGGGCUAUGGCGAUGAACUUCCCAAAUUGGUUCUUUUUUGCCUCAAUGUCACUCUUCGCUGGAAAAGGCCUCGAAGAUAAUUUCCAUUCAAAAGGCACAGUAGAGACCACUGAAACUGAACAAUCACAUGAUGUCGAACUUCCCUGGUCCACUGCUGCUGCAAGUUACAUUGCAUGGAUUCUGAAUCCAAUCAGCGAAUCUCAUCAGGAACUACUUGUUGAAUGUUUGGGUAAAAUAUCUGAGUCAUGGGUUCUCAAGAAAUGCACAGACAAAUAUUGCAAAGAAACAGCUAGCUAUAGGAAGAAACUCAAGAUAUCCAAAUUCCAAGACAGCAAGGUUGAUUAUGCUCUCUUACAGGAAUAUGAUUGCAAAACUAUCCAACUAUGGCUUGGGAAAUUUCAAGAUAUGUACAUAAACUAUUGGAAUAAAACUGUCAAUAGUUCUGCAGCCCAUGAAGCAAAAGCGUCCCAUGGGAUUAGCCCUCAGAAAAACAUGUUAUUUUGGAAAAUUCCAUUGGGCAUUUUGAUUGGGUGCUCCCAUGGAAUAAAUGAAGAUGGUUGUCAAUUGCUGCUGCAUUAUGCUGCAACUGGUACUUUACUUCAUUUGACGGAAAAUCAGAUUGCAGGAUUGAAGAAUAGAAAAUGGAACUCUCAAGGACAAGAAGAGUCAACUGCGUGGUUUGAAAAAUGUAGUAAAAAGGAGGCUGUAGCAGGAACUCGCCUUGUCUUCCACUUAACUGAUGUUGUUGAGAGUAUGUCGGCUUCUUUGUUUGACACUGAAGGGAGACGGAUAGAUUUUAUUUGCCGGGUGAAACUAAGGUCUGGCAAAUACUUGCUUAAUUGUAUGAAGAAGCUACUUGACAUCAAAAUUGAUAAGGAUGAUGGAUUUCUGAUGCUAAGUGAUCUUCGCAGUAGACUAGCGCGAUGGAGGAUUCAAGGACAAGAUGUAUUUCAGAAUUCGAAGGAUCUGAGUGAUGCCAUUGAUGCCUUGAGUCUUAAAUUAUCUUCUUUCUGAGAUCUUGUAUAGUUAGAAAUGCCUCUUUGUUAAUUAAAGGCAGUUUUGUAAUUUUGUCUGUAAGAAAUGAUUAUCAUAUUUUUAUUUGUAUCUGUAAAUGUGUGAAAUAUUCUCAAAUUCUUGUUGUAACUCUUUUAUAAAACAAUAUUGGUGAACUGUUUAUAAUCAUCA